UAGAAUCGAAGACUUCGGAAAUGGAAACUAGACCACUGAUAUAAUUAUUAUUUUUUUCUCGAGUACAUUUCUGUCUUAAAUCAUAAUCCGUGUUGGUUUCGCUAGGAAGUUACGGCUAUAUAAAAGAAGUAGUAAUAGUAAGAAACAGUGAUAGAUGCUUUGUGUCCACGAUGUUAGAAAUCGAGAUCUCGGAUGGAAAGAGAAUUGACCAAUCGCAUUGGUUAAUUGGCUGAAUUAUUCAAACGCAAUUGAUCAAUUUUCUUUCCAUUCGAGAUCUCGAACUGAUUUCUAGCAUCAUGGACACCAGGCAUAAUAGUAGUAGUAAUAGUAGUAAUAGUAGUAGUAGUAGUAAUAGUAGUAGUAGUUCAGUGUUGUCGCAUCAAAAGAUAUAAAUGUAACACAUAAUCCGUCGAUGCCUACAAUUUAGGAAAUUAUUAAAGCAGAUUGACGUAUCGACGAAUUCUUCAAAUAGCAAUUUGCUUGAUCAUGGAGUAUGUAAAUAUUUAUAAAACACAAAUUGACAAAGCCAAGCACAAUGAUAAAGAUAGCUUAUCUGUGCACAGAAAAUCAAGCAAGAAAUUUAAAUCUAAAAAAAAGAGAAAAUUUAAUAAAAAGGAAGACAAAAAACACAAAAGAAAGAGAAAAUACUCGUCUUCAAGCAGUAAAAGCUAUGACAGCGAUAAAUUUGAAUGGGUGGAGAGAGAAGAUAAUAAGGUUUUGUCAUGUACUGCUGAAAAUCUUAUCGAGAGCAAAGUACAAGCAAAUCAGCUCAAGCGAGACGAAUGGAUGAAUCUAGAAAGUUUUGUUCCAUAUAUGUCCAAAUCUAAUGCGAAAUCACAGGAGUCAGAUAUGAAAAGGGAAGAUGAAACUAAAAUUUUAAAUAAACCUGGACAAAGUGACCGAGAAUUGAAUCCGUAUUGGAAAAAUGGAGGUGAUGGAUUACCUCAAAAUAAUCCACAAAAACUUGAUAAUCCCAAGAUUCUAGAUGCAAACUGGUUAAAAAGGAGUCUUCGACGUGCCAAGGAACAAGCUUCUCGAGAUGGUAAAAGUUUAGAAGAGGUGGCUGCUGAACGCUGGGGUUCCCUAGAAGCUAUACAAGUGAUGAUAGCUAAAGCGGAAAGUAUGUCUAAUGCUGAACAGCAUAAGUCAUACUAUAAAAGAUACUACAACGAAAGAAAUGAUAAAGAUUUACAUGGAAAUUUCGAUUCAGGAAGAGAGCAUUCUAGAUCUAGUGGAGAACAUGCUAGAAAAGUUGAUCAAUUAUCACAACGUUGUGUGGAGUUAAAACAAAACUAUCGGAAACCCGAAAAUAACGAUGAUUAUCGUCAACAGACUGUACCUACCAGCAGCCGUAUAAAAAGUUGGAAAAAAGAUAAAAAUGAUGAUAAAAGAUGUAAAGAUGUUACCGAAUUACCUACAUUUAAUCAUCCUUCAAGGGAGGUUGAUUCAGUGUUCGAUAAUACGAGCACGACGAAUUCAAAUAAGAAUAUUGACAUUUUGACUGAAACACAAAUGAACAAGUUGGGGGCAAGGGUUAUUAAAGCUGAAUUAAUGGGUGAUGAUGAAUUGGCAACGAAACUUAAAAUCCAAUUAGAACACGCGAGAAAACAUGUUGCAUCAUACAAUACUAUUGCGCAGGAAGAAACUGUAAUUCUUACAAGAACCGAUGCAAAAGGUAUUGCAAGACCGAUACAAUCCAGAAAUCAAUCUAAGCGAUUUGCUGAAAAUGAUAGAAAGAAGAAAACUGCUGAAACACAUAUCUCUGGUGAGAGAGUACGUUAUUUCGUGGAUGAUGAUAAAUAUUCUUUACGAGAAAUGUUUCAACAAGAGAAAGGAAGAUCUGCAAAUGAAGAUGAAGAAAUGUUGAUGAAAAUUGUUUCCAGAAGUACGGAUCAAAUGGAUGAUGUAUUUGAGCAACAAAUCACACGGACAGAUUCGGAAACGAGACAGGAUAAGCGGAAUUACAUACAGGCAAUUAAAGAGCACAAAGAUUUAUCUAAGCGUAUGGAUAAUUGUUGGUGGUGCCUUGAUUCAAAAAAUAUGUUAAAACAUAUGGUCGUUACAAUGGAUUCCGUGAUUUGCUUAAACUUACCUGCAAGUACUUCCUUGACUAACGGUCAUUGCAUAUUGACACCCAUACAACAUAUCGCAUGUCAGUUACAAUUAGAUGAAGAUGCUUGGGAUAGACUGAAGGAAUUGAAAAAGAAACUAAUAAAAAUGUUUACGAAUGAAGAUCUUUAUCCGAUAUUUUACGAAGUAUAUAAAAAACAUUGUAAAUUUUCACACAUGCAAUUGGAAUGUAUUCCAUUGCCGAAAGAAAUUGGUGAAUCAGCACCGAUAUAUUUCAAGAAAGCUCUGUUGGAAUGUGAAACUGAAUGGUCCAUCAAUAAGAAAAUUGUUGAUCUCACAUGUAAAGAUAUACGCCAUGCCAUACCAAAUGGUUUAUCAUACUUCAUGGUGGAAUUCGGUUCACAUCCUGGUUACGCACAUAUAAUUGAAAAUGAAGAAAUGUUUCCACGGAAUUUUGCCAAGGAAAUAAUAGGUGGGAUGUUGGACUUGGAUCAUAAUUUGUGGCGGAAACCAAGAAGGCAAAAUUUUGAGGAGCAAAGACUAAAGGUAUUGGAGUUUACAGAAAAAUGGAAAAAAGUAUAAUUCUCAGUAAAGAGAAAGCAAUUGAUAGUUUUAUUUGAAAAAAUUAAAUAUGAUUGGUUGAAUUUAAAUGUAACAUACUUAUUUUUCAUUGUUAAAUAACUUAACUCUUUGUAUAGUAUUAUUAGCAUCAUAUGUCUAAUGUAUUCUCUACACUCAUAUACAUAUGUAUAAAUAUAUAUAAAAACAUUAAUAAUUUUA